CAUUGGCGGUCAGCUGUUGUAAACAAAUUAUUGCACGUGCGUUAUACAUAUAUCGUGAAGAUUGUACUUUAUUUUAUUUAACGAAUCAGCAAAAUGCCCGAAAUAGAGGGAUACAAAGUGAUACCUUUACGCCUCACUGCGGACCGUCCUCUGGAGCUCUGCCAUCAUAUUUAUAUGCGGGAGCAUUUUAUACGAUUGGAGGAUGCAGACAAACCGAAAGGCCGCACACUCUUCUUACUGAACGUGCCACCAUAUGUGACAGAGCAAAGUUUGGGCACUUUUUUCCGCGCCAAAGUAGAUGUUCCAAACACAGUCAGCUUUGCUGAACGUCCAGGUCGAAAUGAAAGUGAAAAAUGGCAACAAAAUUGCGUACCGUUUAGCGCAUCAACAACGCCAUUUAAAUUUAAAGUGGCUUAUGUAGUCUUUCACAAAAAUGUGGGUGUUAAACGAGCGUUGCAAUUGGAUAGCAUAGAUUUGUUUAAUACCGAUGGCAAUUGUGUGUUGGAUUCGGGUAUGCAGCUAUUACAUAGCCAAUAUGAGAAACGAAUUUUGGAUGAAGAGGAAUUGCAAGCACGCAUUGAUAAGUAUAUAGAACUUUAUGAUAAGCGCGAAAAGGAGGCGAUUGAAGCGGCGAAGAACUCCGAAGCAGAUGCCGACGGUUGGGUGACUGUCGGCAAACAAGGACGUAACGCCGGUUUCGAACAGAAAGAAUCGGUUGUUGGACGUUUAGAAGAGAAAAUAGUGCGAGGCAAGAAGAAGAAGGAAUUAGAGAAUUUCUACACUUUCCAGAUACGUGAAUCGAAAAUGAAGAAUAUAAUUGAAUUGCGCAAAAAAUUCGAAGAAGACAAGCAGAAAAUCGAGGCACUAAAGAAGACGCGUCGGUUUAGACCUUUCUAGUUAUAUAUGUACUUAUAAUUGAAGCUAUAUACUUCAAAGAUAAGUGUACAUUUUUUAUUUGUCAAAAUAUAAUUUACAUUAGUAUAGAUAGCUUAAACUUAAUUCAA